AUGCCGCCGCCGCCGCCACCCCCGCUGCUCGAUGAUGUCAUCGCCGAGAUCCUCCUCCGCCUCCCGCCGGACGAGCCCGAGCACCUCGUCCGCGCCGCCCUCGUCUGCAAGCCGUGGCUCCGCAUCAUCUGCGACCCCGGCUUCCGCCGCAGCUACCGCGACUUCCACGGCGCCCCUCCCCUCCUCGGCCUCCUCCACCGCCGCAUGGUGAUCCAAGGCGACCCGCCUGCUCGAUUCUCCUCUACCACGUCGAUGCCGGAAUUCCCCCACCCUGGCUCCGACGGCCGCCGCCACACGCGCCCCCUCGACUGCCGCCACGGCCGCGUGCUCAUCCACAUGUUGCCGGGUUUCCUCGUCUGGGACCCCAUCACGGGCGAGCGACAUUGCCUGCCACCCGAGCCCAAGGAAAUCGACUGUCUCAUCUACUCCGCCGCGGUGCUCUGCGCCGCCGAGGGCUGCGACCACCUCGACUGCCAGGGCGGCCCCUUCCGGGUCGUCUUCGCGGCCACCCAUGACCACACGGAGAUCAUAGUUGCGAGCGUCUACUCAUCAGAGACGGGUGCGUGGAGCGUGCCGGUAUGCCUUGACAACACUUGUGAAACCUAUGCCCAGCACAUGCUGCAAGCGGUACGUGAUAGAUACUACUACAUACCCUAUCUCCAGCCUAGGCGAGCCGCCGUUGUGGGAGAUGCAGUCUACUUCACAGUUCGACGGGGUAAUGCAAUCGUCAAGUAUGACUUGGGCAAGGAUCGCUUAUCCAUGAUUGACCCACCGACACCAGACGUGUACUACAUCACCCUCAUGGCGAUGGAGGACAACACUUCACUGGGCUUUGCCUGCAUUCAGGAUUCCACCCUUUAUACGUGGUCAAGGAAGGUGGAUGCAGAAGAAGCUGCGGAAUGGGUACAAUACAUGGUCAUCGAGCUGGAGAAGACAAUUCCUGUUGCCAAUCCCAACAACGAAUCAAUCGUGGUCGGCUUUGCAGAGGGUGUGGGUGUCAUCUUCGUUAGCUCAGGUGUUGGCUUAUUCACGGUCAAGCUCAAAUCUGGGCAGGUUAAGAAGGUUGAUGAGCCUGGAGAAUACUUUAGCGUACUGCCCUACAUGAGCUUCUACCUUCCAGGCAAUGGUGGUGGACAUGAUGCAACUGAUCUUCCGCACAAUACUUAAGAGGAUUGUCCAGUUAGAUAUGCCGUCACGAUUUACUUGUUGAGCAGGUACCUAUUGUUACAUUCUGGUGGUAUUGAGAUGCAGAAUGGGCUGUUGGGUGUAGUUUCUUCCAUUUGUAUGCUUGACGCGGAGAUCAACCCUUUAUGUAUCAUGCACCAGUCAGCUGUGAAGUACACUUGUAGGAUUUAAUUGCCUAAUUUGUUAACUUCUGACUAUUAUCUAAUUUUCUUUGGCAUCCUUCAACUGGCAUGAAGGUUGACUGCAAAUUGACUUGCUUCGAUGAAUUAUCACUACCUUGUGGUGGGCUCACCGUGAACUGAUCUUGCUUGCAUUUUAGUUUGUGUGCGCAUGUGCGAGUGUGUUUGAUUACCUUCCGUGGUGUAUCAAGUGUGGAGAUUUUGACAUUGCAUUUGUGCAUAUGUUCCAUGAUGUUUUAUUUUG